AUUAGUAUAAAUUGCAAAGACAGGGACUCAUAGGUUACCAGUUUCCCCAUCUCUUGUGCAAUGGGUGGUCGCGGUGGAUUUGGGUUGGUGAUUCUCCUGAUAGCAGUUGUAAACAUAGAGGCUCAAAAGAAGCCUUCUAUAAAUAUUCACUCAAAAUGCCUGGGGAAUGUCAUGCGUCUGGAUAUCGGCCCACUUGGAGGAAAUCUUCUUGAAGUGUCUGUUGUCUUUAACAACUCUUCAAUUCUCCUUACACCAAGUUUAGCUUCUCAGUGUGGCUUCAGUGCGAGGAUAGACCAGCUGGGGAACAUCGUGAUUUUUGCCUCUCUUCAAAACUGCUUUGCUCAAAAUGUGGCCGACGAAGCAUUCACAACAAGACUAAAUCUUCGACUGCAUGGGAACCAGGUGGCUGAAGAUGAGCUGUACCAGGUGGUUGAAACCUGCCGCUACACUGCCUGGGCCUCCAGGGAAAUUGUCUGUGACCGCAACUAUAUGGAGGUGUCUGUGAAAAGGACAGCUGAAAAUUAUUACGCACUGCCUGACCAUCCCAUCUCAAGCAUUAAAAAGUUUGGUGCUGCUGAGAAACAGCCCAUGGAUGCAGAAUUCAAAAUCAAAACUAUUACGUUCUUCACUCCUGAGGAGAAGAUCAUGCCUUUGACUGAGGCCCACAGAAGAGGUUAUGGGAUCUCAAACACUCCUACAAGGCUGGUUCUGCGAAGCCCAUUAACUUCACCUGAAACGUACAUCCAGAAUGUAGCAGGUGUGCCCAUGUCUGUGCUCAAAACCUCAAUAGUAUUUGAGAAGAAGCUGGCGACUCAAAUCCAUGCUGGCGCUGCCUGCCCAAUACUAGACGGUAGUGUUUUUUUCACUCCGGACUCAAUCAGCUGGUUCCUGCCGAGGCGCAUUGAGCCCUUGACUUCCUCUGGCCAGUUUCAACUGUUGGAGGUGCACAUGGGUGUCGAUGGCCAGAGGCUCAACGUUGCCGAGAUGGCUGCCAGACAUUACUCCCUGUCCGUCAAUAACGUGUACAUCCUUGCCAAAAUCCCUGUUGGGGCUGUCGGUGGCCACUUUAAGAGUCAUGUUUGGGAUGGUCAGUAUCUCACUACUUAUACAAUUGAGCUGAUGCUCGAGUUGCUCUGGACAGAAAAUGCCGCCUACAAGGACACGAGAUACAAAGUCUUCCUUCCCAUCACGACACCGUUGCUGUCUCAAUCUCCACAAGUUACUGACAACACUGUUCCUGAGGAGCGGGUAUUUAAGGUGCAGCUUGGGCCUUUCUGCUCUGAUGUGGCACUAAUGAACAUCACCAUCUCCUCUGAGGUUUUAUCUGUGGCAGACUGCAGUGCCAGAGGCCUUAAAGUCCUGGAGCACAUGUCCCCCAAGAGCUGCUCGAAAGUCUUUACACUUGAAAUACCCUUCAAGGACCGUGGUGUUCUAAAAAUGCAGGAAGAAAUGGAGAUUACAGUCUACACUCUUCAGCUGACCUUUGGCUUGCUGGUUCUGCCAGAGUAUGCACCAUUUUCUCACACAGCUUCUCUGGAAGCUAGAUUGGAAAACAAAGUUCCUCCCUCUGUCGCUGGUGGCUGUGAUUAUCAAUACUUCUAUGUCCUCGUGAGAUACGGAACCCACGGCUUCAACUUUCAGACACUAGUGGGAAGGAGACUGUUGACCUCACUCCUGGCUAAGGAAUAUGGCUUAAUGGACAAUGGCACACACUUCAGUUUUUCAGUACCAUUUUCUGCCGUCGAUGUCAUGGUUGAGGCUGUUGAGGCGUCAUCCAUCAGGAGCAGACUUGACGUGUCUCUGAGGACUCCAGCCAACAAAAAUAUUAAAGAAUUCUCUGUGGCUUGCAAUUUCUUUCCAAGACUGACUGAGUGUUUCUCUAAUGGCACGAUAACCGCUCUGGCUAUGAAACUGGAGUCUGUUCCCAGUCUGAAGCCCAGUCGGCUCACCCUCAGAGACCCCACCUGUGGGCCCUCCCACAGCGAUGACCACUAUGCUUAUUUUGUCUUCUCUGGGAACUCCUGUGGGACGACCAGAAAGUUUCUGCCCAAUAUGAUGCUGUAUGAAAAUGACAUCUCUCUGCCAGAUGCAAUGAAAAGGGUAUCCAAGACUGACGAGCCUGAGUAUGAGCUAAAGGUUGCUUGUUAUUUUGACAUAAACACAAACCACGCUGUGGCCUUCAACAACAGACCUCGCAGGAGUGAACCAUAUGCUAAGAAUGCAAUCGGCGAGCUAAAAGUUGAAAUUAAACUUGCUCUGGAUGCCUCCUACAGCACAUUUCACAGAGUUGAAGCUGAUCCCAUCGCAAAGUACCUUCAACAGCCGUUGUAUUUUGAGGUGGAACUGAUAAAAUCUAGAAACCCUGAGGUAUCGCUGGAGCUGGUGGACUGCUGGGCGACGUUGGAGGACGACAGGACAUCCCUUCCCAAACGGGACCUCAUCAUUAACGGCUGUGUAAACCCAAGGGACCCAUACCAGGUGAUCUUCCAUCCUGUUUUGCCUGAUGCCAGAGUUCAGUAUCCAUCAAAUUUCAAGCGCUUUGAGAUCCCAAUGUUUGCCUUUGCCAAAGACCAAGACAACUUGAGUCUCCAGGUCUUUGUCCAUUGUGAUGUGGUGAUCUGCGAUGCCAGUUAUCCAGUGGGUAGAGCUUGUAAUGUGCAGUGUUCAAACCAGGAUGAGGGGAUGAAAGGUCAAAAACGGUCUGUUUCAGAUGGCCACCGUAUCGAACAAGUGUCAUCAGGACCAAUACUCAUGAGCUAAAAAAACCCUAAUAAAAAAUAUUUUAAAAGGA